UUCAAAACGAGGUUGGACCUACACAGUAUUACAAACUGCAAGGAUUAAUAUAAGUCGAUAGACCUCCUAUCCUUAUUACUGAAGACUGAGGACUGAACCGUUUGUGGAGGUAUUUAUGAAAGUUGUCGUUACCGUGAAGGGUUUGUGGUGAUGGCUGAUAAAAAGGACAUAUACAGAUCUAUUGCCCGUUUCUUCGAUAAGGAAAUAAAUUCCCAUGUCUACUCUUCGGAGAUAACUGAGGGUCUUGAAGAGCAAGACUGACUGAACAAUAACAUGGAAACAGACCAUGUAGUUACAGAUACAAACUUAAGAUAUAGAAAAUUACUGUUUAAUUGCUUUUUGUGACACGCGGAGUAAGUUGGGUUAUUUGGAGCAAACUUGAUCGUUCUGAUAUAUGCAACAACUACUCAUUGAGUUAUUGGAUAGAAUAUUGAAGGAGAUACAUGACAUCUUAACGAGGCUUUAAAAGGACGUUCCUUUACGUAAAUUGCUUCAGUAUUAUGACUUGCCUAUGUAUUCAGGUCAUUUAUAUUUGCUUAUCUGAAAGAACUUAUCUUAGAGUAACUAUUGAGAUGACUUUUGUUUUAGUUGCGAAGCAGUGUAUAGAAACAGCUUUUCAUAUAUCUGAUACUGAAGUCGGUGAUGUUCCUGAUUUACAAACAUUAUUUAAAUCCCAGGCUCAAAAAAAACCUAAUAUUGUAAGAAGCGAACCCUCAGAAGAAACCAAAUCAAUGGCAGAAGCAUUAAAAAAUCAAGGCAAUCAAUGCAUGAAACAGGAGAAGUUUGUGGAAGCUGUAGCCUGCUACAGUAAAGCUAUUGAGCUGUCCCCGUACAACGCAGUAUUUUACUGCAACAGAGCUGCCGCCCACUCUCGAUUAGAUCAUCACCAAGAUGCAAUUAAUGACUGCUUGAAGGCUUUAGAAAUCGACCCAUGUUACAGCAAAGCAUACGGCAGAAUGGGUAUCGCCUAUUCUAGCAUUGGUAAUCAUACUAAAGCUGUUGAGUGUUAUCGGAAAGGCUUAGAACUUGACCCCAAUAACGAGAAUUGUCAGCAAAAUCUAUCAAUUGCCGAGGAAAAGUUGAAGAAUUCAUCAGAUAGUACUCAGAGUUCAGGAUUAUUUAGUGGUUUUGACUUAAAUUCCUUUUUAAAUAAUCCAAUGAUGCAGAAUAUGGCUCGGCAAUUCAUGAAUGACCCGAAUGCUCAAAAUAUGAUGACUAAUCUAUUACGCAAUACAUUUGGAGUAUCUGACAAUCCAACUACAAAUAAUUCACCCCGUAAUACUGAGACUGAUAAUUCCAACGAAUCAACAGAAUCUAGUUCACAAAGUCAUAAUUCUAGUGGUACUGGUCCUAGUACUAAUGGUCAAAGUAUGGAUGAAUUUUUACGCCUUGGUCAACAACUUGCUCAACAAUUGCAAGCAUCCAAUCCACAACUUGUUAAUCACUUACGUCAAACAUUUCAUACCAAUGUUGGCGGACAAAAUUCAAAUCCGGAAAACAAUACUAAUUCCAAUGAUCAUAACAAUGCAAAUUCCAAAUAAUACUUGGCAUUUUAAAUGAUAACCGGUGUCUUGUUUUGCUAACGUUGUAUUAUGGUAAAAUUCAGUUGUAAUUUUCCUAAAUUUAAUUUUGGAUAUGAUAUUUCUUCUUUUUGUUCCUUUUUUAGUAGACAAAAUAGGGAUGAUUGUGUUAACCAUUCAUUGUUUUUCCCCAUUUCUUUCUGAUGAAAAUCAUAUUGUGCACGCUAUAUUGUUCUUGUCUUCUAUGUGUACUUUUGUUAUUAGUUUUAAUUUUACGUAUGAACUAAUGAAUAAAAGUUGUUGUGAGUCAUCAAAAAGUGGUAUAUUAUAUUUAUUAUGAUAUUUAUAGAAAAGGUUCAUCUUUAAUUGCGUGUACAACGUGUAAUGAUCAAUAAAACUACUUCACAUAUAUUUUUUGUUGACUGUUUAUUAAGGAUUAUAUAAGAAACCUAG